UGGCAAGUCAGUGCACAAAGGCAGCAGGGAGGGACAACCUGUGGAGCUGGAUACGCCAAAAGCUGAUGGCAAGGAAACAGCUCCCCACCUUCCUCUUCUUAACCACAACUGUGUCACCUCACACUCCAGACCUGUCUCCAGUCCAUUGCCAGCUCCCAGCAGAACCAUCCAUUUCCCUUCCUAAAUCCCACCAGCGAAUCAAUUGUCUCAUCCUCUCAGCUACAAAAAGCCAGCAGCCUGAGUUUCUCUUCCUCACUCUCAUCACAACAGCCAUUCCAACACUCAGUAAUCUCAAAGCAUGGCGCCCUCUGUUGCUUCUCCCUCUGCUGGUGCCAUUAUGGCAUUAUUGUUCCCUCUUCUUGCAUGCUCUUUGAUGGCCAUUGCCUCUGCAGGCAACUUCCACCGGGACUUCCAAAUCACUUGGGGCGACGGACGUGCUAAGAUCCUUGACAAUGGGCAGCACCUAACCCUCUCCCUUGACAAAGCCUCCGGUUCCGGUUUCCAAUCAAAGAAUGAGUAUCUCUUCGGAAAGAUUCACAUGCAGCUCAAGCUUGUCCCUGGAAACUCUGCCGGCACUGUUACCGCCUACUACUUGUCUUCACAAGGACCAACUCAUGAUGAGAUUGACUUUGAGUUCCUUGGCAACCUCAGUGGAGAUCCUUAUACGCUCCACACCAAUGUUUUCACUCAGGGGAAGGGGAACAGGGAGAUGCAGUUCCACCUUUGGUUUGAUCCCACCAAAGAUUUCCACACCUACUCUAUCCUCUGGAACCCAAGACACAUAAUUUUCAUGGUUGAUGGCAUACCAAUCAGAGAUUUCAAGAAUCUGGAGUCGAGGGGCAUCGCAUUUCCAAAGAACCAACCUAUGAGGAUAUACUCCAGCCUCUGGAAUGCUGAUGACUGGGCUACGCAGGGGGGGCGCGUCAAGACCGACUGGACCAAAGCCCCCUUCACUGCUUCAUACAGGAAUUUCAAAGCCGAUGCAUGCGUUUGGUCGUCUGCUGCCUCCAACUGUCCUUCAAAGAAAUCUAGCACUGACUCGGCCAGCGAUGACUGGUGGAAUCAGGAGCUGGAUUUCACAAGCCAAGAAAGAAUGAGAUGGGUGCAGAACAACUACAUGAUCUACAACUAUUGUACUGAUCUCAAGCGUUUCCCUCAGGGCCUGCCUCCAGAGUGCUCCUUGGCCUGAAGAGUGAAGAAAAAGAGCGAAGAUCAUUCUUUAAUUCAUUCAUUAUUAGAUAUAUAGAUCUUAGCAACAUAUCUUUUAGUGUCUUUUUUGUCCUAGACAGAUAGCAUUAUAUGCGGAAUUAUAUUCUCAUUGCAAUGUGAUACCAUGAAUUGAAUGAAAGCACCAUAUAGGUGUUGCAUUCAAAAGUUUAG